GCUUUGCCUUGUUGCUCGACUCGUCACGUGAAUGAAAACAGUAAACUACGAACUGUUUCAAUUACUUACCAGAGUACACUGCAAAGUUCCAAGCAUACAACGGUACAACGUGUUCACAAGUGUAAAAUUAUUGAUCCCACCGUUACAGCCUUGCAUUUCACGACACAUCAUUUCAGUGAGUGAGUGAAAAAGUGUUGAUUGAAAAACAGAGACUGAUCAAAUUCGACGCUUCUCUUGUGUAUUAUUAUCAUUAUUAUUACUACUACUAUUAUUAUUUCGUUUUCAACUCGUUGGAAUGAAGUCGAUAAUCAUUAGUGGAGUUUAAUCAGAUUAGGUAAUUUAGUUUCGGGAAAUUGUUGCCUCCAAACAUUUUCCCACUUCAAACGAUAUGAAUUUCGUACAUCAAAUGUAGUCCAUUAUACGAAGAGCUGCUGCAAGCAGUAAUCUAUCAUUGUCACUCCUGCCGUACUCUAAUAUAGUUAUGAUCUGUGACACGCAUAGCGAACUUUGGUGGACAUUCAAUAUUGAGCUUUUUCAUAUGGGGUGCAGGCUUAUUAUCAAUUGACAACUGUUGAAUCGCUUCACGGAUUAUUCGUACAAGGACGGCCUGCUUCAGUUCUCUUUCUCCCUCUUGGGGUGUUGGAAAAAUUAGGUUGCAACCUCGAUACCACCUGCAGUGAAUGUGUGAACACGAUUAAAGAUUGCGGUGGAAAUGUACUUCUGGUUGUGAGUUGGUUUCGAAGCUUUUUACCCGUCGCCGGAUACAAGAUAUUGGACUGCGAGCUCUCUGCUCGUUUGCACCCAUAUUUUUGCCUGGGUAUGGAAGAUUUUGGCCGGUAGCAUCUUCCGUCCAAUGCAACACACGGCGGGCAUAGAAGUUCGAGUCACGAAGGAGUUGUCCGGGACGAACUCGGAGGUUCCUGAGAGGCACGACGAUGUGCCCCACUGGGUUGCCACGUCGGCUCCGAGCCCGAUUUCGCCAACGUCAUCGAUGUCGCCGACGACGCCGAUGAAUCCUCGACAAUAUCUAUCUCCUCAUGUUCUCCAAGGAAGGAAUUCACUCUGCUCUGCCAACGACUACGCCCUCAGACGGAGACGUCCUAUGACCCUUCGCAUCGGCCCUCGUCUCAGCCUAUCAAAUUGCAGCUCUUCAGCGCCGACGACCACCACCGACGCAGAUUGGCCUGCCCUUAGUUUUGAGUGGUAUAAGCUGUGGAAAGUUGUAUUAUUUUCACACCGUUAA